AUGAUAAUUUUUUUUCAGGUGAUGCAGAGACGCAUGGAUGGAUCGGAAAACUUUUUCAGGAAUUGGACUGAUUAUAAAAAUGGAUUUGGUGACCCGUGCAAAGAAUUUUGGAUCGGAUUGGAUGUUUUGCAUCGCAUUACAACAACCAAUAAGUACAAACUGUUGAUCACGUUGGAAGAUUUCGAUGGAGAUGUGAGGUGUGCAGCGUACGAUUCAUUCACUGUCGACUCACCGGAAACCAAUUAUACGUUGAGGAUUGGAAUUUACACUGGAUCUGCAGGCUGGACACACGAAGGCAUGCCAUUCUCCACGUUCGACAGUGACCACGAUCCCAUGAAUUACAACUGCGCAAAGGAGCAUUCAGGAGCCUGGUGGUACAACGCUUGCCACCAGUGCAAUCUCAACGGACUCUACCUGCGUGGAGAUCAAAAAUCAUUAGCUGAUGGAGUCAACUGGAACUCCUUCCGUGGCUACACCUACUCCUUGAAGUUCGUCGAGAUGAGAGUUCAACUGGCUUAA